AUGAAGCUGCAUAAUGAUCUUAUGGAACGAUACAUGCAGUCAGCUCUAAAGAAGUACAACUCUGAACAAAACCUUGAUGAGGAUUUGGGUUUUGAGUUUGUGAAAGCAAUAAAAGAAAGCUUCAUUGUUGAAGGAGCGGUCAAUUUUUAUCGGCAUUUUAACUUCACAGCUAUGCAACGUAGUGCCAUUCACUUGUUUUUUGCUGAAGUAAUCCCGGAUGGAGAGAGUUGUGAUGUGUCUUGCUGCAGACUUCUACAAGAUAAUCACAAUGGAAGAUGCCUUGGUUGUAAAAAUCAAGGUGACCCUGACUUAAGGCAUCCAGCUUCCGACAGUGUCUACGCUGGAGGACAUGACGAUAGCACAUUCCCAUUUCUUAUUGACAGUGAUAGUGAGGAUGACAGUGAUUGA